AUGUCUAAAUUUCUACUAGGUACCAAGUACAAACGACAUGGUGCAAUUAGUAUGUCUUUAUUUCGUCGGGGCAGAAUUAUUUCAAAUUUCGAUACGAUUCUCGAUUGUACAGAUAAAUUAUUGGAUAAUUGGCGUUCAUUUUCUGUUCAUCAUCUGCAUCUCGAUAUUGUACUGCAAUGUCAAAAUUUAUUACUUCAAAUUUUUGGAUUGAUUGCUUUUGACUACGAUUUUGAAACGCUUAAUGGAACAAACAGUAAUGAGCUGGCGCAGGCAUUUCGAAAUCUCUUUAGUACUAUUGAAAUAGCUUUAUAUUUACCAAAUACAUUGUUUAGAAUUUUUCUAAAAUUGAGUCCUCAAUAUCGACGACAACGUGCAAUCAUCGAACGAUAUAUAUAUCGAAUGAUCGAACAAGAAUUCAAUGAAAGCCCUGAAUCACGAGCUCAACGAAAAAGAACAUCAUUAAUUGCUUCACUUGUUGAUUCAUUACAAAUGGACGAAGAAGCUGAAGCAAAGAAAAGUGAAGAACAGAAAAAGGGUCUAUCACGAAGUGAAGUGUUUGAUGAAAUGCUAAUGUUUCUAAUCGCUGGUUUCGAAACGACUUCUACUGCAUUGGCAUGGUCGAUACAUUUGCUAAGCAAACAUCCACAUGUUCAAGAAAAAAUCAAAGCCGAAUUAAUUAAUAAUAGUGUUACUCAACUGUUAACUCUAGAACAUCUCGAAUCGCUAAUCUAUUUGGAUUGUGUUAUCAAAGAAAUACUUCGUUAUUCUUCACCUUUCGAUUCAACAGUACGAACAUUAGUUGCAGAUGAUCGUUUACCACAUAGUGAUGUUCAAUUGUAUAAAGGUGAUCAAGUAAUCAUUCCAUUUUCAAUUCUGGCACUUGAUAGUCGAUAUUGGUCGAUUGAUCCUGAUUUAUUCUAUCCAGAAAGAUUUUUAGGUAAAGAUAAAAAUCAUCAUCCAUAUGUAUUUCUGCCGUUUGGCAGUGGACAUCGUCAGUGUAUUGGACAAGAUUUAGCCAGAUUCGAAUUGAAAGUUAUUAUAGCAAGACUUAUGCAAUAUGUGACAUUUGGCGAUGGAGGUCCUGAAGUGAAUGCCGGUGGUCAUUUGCAAAAAAUGACGGUCAUGCCCAAGCAUGUUGGUAUCACUAUUAAAUUCGAUGCGUAG